AAUAUGUAAAGUUAACGUAAGUUAAGCAUGCGAGUUUUUGUUUACCUUUUUUACUCGGUCAUUUUAAAAUAUUAAAGUUUUAUUAAUCUUUGAAUAUGGAGACCGAUAUUAAUAACGAAAUACAUCAAGAAUGUACUACAAAAGAAAUUUUCCAAAAAGAAACAAAACAAUCAUCCGAUGAUUCCACCAAGGAUGUAGCAACACCAAGUAAACCCUUAUCGAAAAAGCAAAUGAAAAGAAUGGAGAAAGCAAAAAAACUUGGUGUUAAUAAACUAAUCAGACGAAAACGAGAAAAACUGCAGAAGAAAGUUAAAAGAAAACUGGCAGAAGAAGAAGGAAUUGUUACAGAAAGAACUGGAAUAUCUAGAAAAGAACUGAAGCGAAUGAAAGACAAUCAAAUUCCUUCCGACGUUUCUGUGGCUAUUGAUUUAAGUUUCGAUGGAUUUAUGAGUGGAAAAGAUUUAAAUAGUUGUGUUUCCCAAUUACUUAGAGUUUACUCAAGUAACAGGAGAGCAAUUCGACCAUUUCCAUUACACUUUACUAGUUUGAGAAAAGGUAGUGAAAUGUACAAAGCGAUGGAUCAUCAUGAAGGCUGGCAAAACUGGAAUAUAAUUUGGCAUGAAGAAUCAUAUUUAGACUUUUUUGAUAAGAGUAAAUUAAUUUAUCUCACAAGUGAGUCAGAUAAUGUACUCGAUUCUCUUGAACCUGGUGCUGUUUAUGUAAUUGGAGGUCUCGUUGAUCAUAAUCAUCAUAAAAAUCUGUGCAAUGAAAUUGCAUUAAAGCAUAACAUCAGAACAGCAAGACUUCCUUUAAGUGAACAUUUGGUUAUAAAGUCACGAACUGUUUUAACAAUUAAUCAAUGCUUUGACAUCAUUCUUGGAAUAUCAGAAGGAAAAACAUGGCAACAAGUUUUAAUGGAAGCCUUACCAGCUCGGAAAAAGAUUCAACUAAAGGAUGAUGUAAAAACUCAAACAAAUAAAGAGAAAAGUUCAGUCGAAAAUCUUGAGAAAGUAGAAAAUAUUUUGGACAAAAAUGAAAAAUUAAAUGAAUCAAUUAAAAAUACUUAAUUCUAAUAAAACAUCAAGUUAACUUUAUUUCUAUUUAAAACAUUAUUACAAUUAUUCAAUAAUCCUUAAUUCUAUGAAACAAAAAUUGAUGCAAAUCAAUUUGAAAUAAAA